AUGAAGAUUCCUCUAAUCCCUGUUCUUUUCUUGCUCGCAACCGUUUCUUUAGCAACUGUAGCAUCAGUUGAAUCAACUUCAUCGAAUACAAAAGAUAUUUCAAGUGGAACUGCUCAAAUUAUAAAACCUCAUCCUCAACAUAAAACAGAAACUAAAAAAGGUUAUAAUGCUCAACAUAAAAGAGAAAUUAAAAAGAAAUAUCCUCACCUCAAAUCAGAGCAGGAAAAAGAUCAUCAAGAAGAUCAUCAACGAAAAUAUCAUACAAAGCGUGUCAAGAGUCGUUUCGGUGCCAAUAGAGUGACACAUCCCACUAAUGUUCAACUCGAUUCGGUUGAUGAUAGCUCCGAUAAUUCCGAUAAUACAAUCUAA